AUGACAGAUGAGCCGCAGAAAACCCACCUGAACAGGGCUCGGGAGCUUACGAAACGUGCCUUGGACGAGUGUAACAAAACCUUGGGCCACUUCGAUAAGACUGAGACCGCGAAGUUUGUUCCCCAAGAGCUCAAGAGGGACAUCCUGUAUACGAACCCAGCACGUGUCAGUCUAGAGGAGGAGUUCAAUUGUUUUGCAAGUUGGGCAAAAGACACAGGACUGCACCAGUACGAAGCGAAUUCGCCGAAGCACGACUUUUGCCAUUUUCCCUCGUUCACAAAAUCAUCGAUUACCGGCUGGCUCGAAGCCAUGGAACACACGCUACACAUCAUGAACUCGAUCCUUAAAUCUAAGGAAAACUCCUGGAUAGAAGGGUUGCUGGGCCUGCACAUUAAUGAGUUCAGAUACAUCGUCGUUAAUUUGGAAACAUCAGUCGACGCAGAAGACAAAUCUGACCUCAGGAGAUACAAUGCAAGCCCCAGUGUCAAGACACUCUUCCGAAGCUGUUUGGCCGGAUAUGUGACAGUCAUUAAUGGUUUCAACGGAGCGAACGAGCGCCUGCAAGAAAAGCUGUUACCCGGCUGUAUCGAAGGCGUGCGUAACGACUUCAUCAAAUGGGCUCGUGAGGUCGGAGUUCUUGAGGAUGAGAGCCCUCUGGAAACCAAACUCCUGGCUACCGAAAAGAUUUGGAGUCGAAUUCACUUCACUGAUCAUUUUAUCACCAUCGAAUCGACCUUGGACGCCAUGUCUGAGUUGCUGUUAGAGAAACCUAUCUCGCAGGAUGAUCUUCGGGCAGCGGGCUUAGACAAGGAGUCGAUGUUGAACGCUAGCCGCACAGAACGUGCAGAAAAGCUGAAAGAGCGAAUAGCGGUACUCGACGAAUGCAACAAGUCUCUUGCGAGAGAUACGAAGAAUCUCAGUGAGAGGUCUAUCGGAGCGCAGAGCGCUGGGGCGAGAGCGAAGGACAAUAUUGCAGCAGAUACUUGA